CAUGCCGUCUAUUCUCACCAGGUCGCAGCAACGGCGGUCUCAUUCCCAUGGUGUCCUUCUUGUCUCUUUGUCGUCGUUCUGCUCUCGCGCUAUAACUAUUGUCGCUGAACCAUCGCAGUGACAGAGUCCCCUCUAGAUAAUUUUAGAAAACUCUAUGAAACGAACCAGCUGGGCUGGCUCGGCUCAAAUGAACAUUUCGCAUGUGGCUAUAACAUCUUCGCCCACAGAAAUAUAUCCUUCAAAGAAAAGAGCGAAUCGCUCUCGCCUUGAAAGUGUGAACUUUAGUCCUUGACGGCCAGCAGAUGCCCAGGCGUUUCACGGGCAAGCUUUUCCUGUUUCUGUUCCGACACUUGGAGCUGGGCACAUUUGGCGAGCGGCUUCGCUGGCUCGACAGAGAAUCUGGAAUCUUUCAGCUGCUUUGGAAGCAUGGAAAUGGUUCAUCUAUCACACCCAUGGAGGACUUUGCCGUGUUCCGGGCCUGGCAUGAGCUGAAAGUGCGAAAAAAACCAUGCGAUGUAACAGAGGCAAAGCAACGGUUUCGGGCGGCGACAGCAAAAAUGCGCCUGGAAAAGGUCAAAAACUGGCAAGGUGUUGGUCCGGAAAAGAACUACCAGUAUCGACGGUUUCCAAAGGACGAUUUAGAGUACUUGUUCAAGCACGUCGAUCUGGAUAGGGAGUUUCCGGAGCCCAAGAAUCGGCGCAUACGCCUUGUGCCACCUUCCACGGACGCACCUGACUCGAGUCCAAGGUUGAGCCCCCCAACUCGCCCAGUUUUGAAGACCAAAUCCAAGAAAAAGCCGCGACCGCCAGAUCGAAAUCGAAGACUCAUGCCGAAAGAUGUGGUGGUGAAGAUUGAGCCACCCGAUGAUCCUAAUGAUGCUUCUGGUGAUAUGCCUGACGAGUUCACCAAAUACCAAGUCAUGGACUGUAUUCCUAAUGUCCUUCACUACUCUCCUUCAUCCCAACAGCGCAGGGCAAUGGUAUUCAAGCAAGAACGAGACUGGUACUGAGUCCUGUGGGAGCCUAACAUCAUUUAUUCACCACAGACUAGACUCAUACGGUUUGCUGAUCCUGGAGCGGCAGAAGACAGCCAUACCGUACACAUCAGAUGCUUUCUCCAAAUCAUUGCCCCAGGAUCUCAAAAUGGGAAACAGGUAUUGCUCACCAACACACUGCUGACAUAUUUCCUUCAAGGAGAAUAGCUGCAGGAUAAUUUUGGUUCAAAAGUUGACACACACGUAUGCAGGGAAAAAAAAAUUGUGAAAGAAAGAAAAAAGUCGUGAGGAAAUGCGAAUGCAUUUCUUGUGUCAAGAAUACAUGGCGUAGUAAUUUUAAUGGCGUAAAUUAAUGACGAGACGAGGAUUUGUACUGUAACCAUUCACACAUUCAUCAGCCAGCAAACAGUUGAGAGCAAGGCUGGCUUCACUCCAUUUAUAUAUCUAUG